UGUGGGCGUGCGUGUGUGUCCUGGGGCUACAGAAAGUUCUAGUUUGCCACGUCACACACGUUCACUUUUUACGUUUUUAUUGUCAACCUAUAGGCUGCUGUGAUAAUUUAAGGUUCAUAGGAUGUCAGCAAAAUAGGUAUUCUUUUUAUUAUUUGUGGGGUUGGUUCUUAGGUGUUUUUUGCCACUAUAUUAAAAAAAUACGCCGUGAGCCCUGCCCCUUGUUGUCAUAGUAACCUAACAACAUGAUGGCAACACUGACUCACUUUAAUUCUUGAAUUUUGGGUGGUAUAAUGCCUAAUAGGCCACGCUUCUUCACACCUGCUCAGGUGGCGGCUCACAACACAGCGGCUGACCUUUGGGUGUCCUUCCUGGGCAAAGUGUGUGACCUGACUCCCCUAGUAAAGCAGCACGAGGGUGAUGUUUUGCUGCUGCCCAUCAUGGAGUUUGCAGGCAAGGACAUCAGCAGCUGGUUCGACCCCGAGACCGAAGACGUGUUGACGUUCGUCCACCCACUGACAGACUGUGUGAGCUACUACACGCCGCGGGGUCGCUUCGUGCACAUUCCGCCGGCCGGGCCGCGCUCCGACUGGGCCAGCGACAUCGAACCGGCCUGGUGGAAGGACCGGUGCUACGAGGUGGGACGGCUGUCCGCCAAGACCAGAUGGAUACGCGUCAUCAACACGCUGACUUCGCAAGAGCAACGGCUGGAGGUGUGUUCUGAGGAGACUCUAGCGGAGAUCCUGGAGCGCUACCUGCCGUACAACUCGCACGCCUGCAGCUAUACGUGGAAACACAACGGUGCCAGCCUGGAUAUGAGCAAGACCCUAAGUGAGAACAACGUCCCGGACGAUGAUUUCAAGCUCCAGAAGCUACGUCUCGACUGCGAUCUCUUCACGCCCGCCAUCCUUCUUCACUUCAACGACGACCUCACUGAAGGGUGAAUGCCACCGCCAAUCUUUUGUCAUUUUACACGUCGUGUCGUACAAUCUCAAUUUGUGUUGGACCAAAACAUGUCAUGUUCCCACAAUGCCAUGCUGUAUCAUACAAUUGCAUGUUAUAUUAUUGUCAUGUCGUAUCAUGUCAUGUAUUGUUGUCAAGUAAUUCAUUGCUAUGUUUUGGGAUAUCAACGCCAUGUUGUGUUGGGAGGGAAGACCUACCGUAGUUAUGCUAAUAAAGUACGUUUAGGUAAA